AUGUCGCCAGUCUUCAUUUCUACUGCCAACUUUAGAUUUAGAGAAAUGAGCGAUUUUCAAUAUACUACGAUAAACUCAUCAUUUGCGCAAAAGGCUAGGUCAUCUAUAUUACGAGGGGAUUACGAAAAAAUCAAGCAGUUUGACGUGGAAAGCGCAAGGGAAAUUCUUUCAGACGACAUCGAUGCAAUGCCUCCUCCAGUGUUUUCUCAAGUGGUAUAUCCAUAUAACUAUGCUUAUCGUCAGAAUCCGGCUAUUGCUGUAAUUGAUGAUGGCACUGGUGGCUCCAAGCUUGUAAACACAACUGCUGCUCAAAAGCUCGAAUCGGUUUUAGCAGGAUGGAAUGAUAAAGUUCCAACUGAACCUAGUAGCAACCUGGAGACUCCCAUGGGACCUCUUAAAGAAUGUGUGGAGGCGCUUAAUACGUUAUUUGAGUCAAGACCUUGCUGGACAAGGGCAGCUCUCGAUUCUCUGUUAAACGAAGAGAACAGAAGAUUGAUUCGUAAAGCUUUGCCAUAUGUUUCCUAUGCUAUUAAGAGUGGACCUUGGAGGGGAGCGUAUAUCAAAUAUGGCAUUGAUCCAAAAUCGUCAGUUGACUUUGCAAAAUAUCAAGUUGAGCACUAUAGAGUGUUGACGAAAGCAGAAGUUCGAUCCAUGCGUGAAGAGUGGGAAAAAUCCAGAAUCCAAGAGCCUGAAUCUUCAGGGGGUCAGAAAAAUCAUCAAAAUGAGAUUAACGAUGAGGCAAAACAAAUUAAAAACGGGAUCGAGGUACGACCGGGAGAUGUCCCAGAUAGAAGUGCGGAAUUGGACGUCAAUGGCCAGACUAGCAAUUCUAGCCACAAAAUAUACACUUUUGAUGGAAAGCAGUUACCAUUAUCGAUGAUGAUCCAACUGGUAGACGUAACAGAUCCUCAACUCACUGGUCUUAUUGCUUCGGCUCGACUCAAAGAAGACUGCGAUCGAGAGUUUGGCUGGUAUAAUAGUGAGGAUAUUAGCGUUCUCAGGAGAGUUUUAAGAAUCAAAUUAGUUGCAUGCAAAAACAAAGAAACAAUUAGUGAUGAGGCAUUUGCUGGGAUUAUAAAUGAACAGCGAAAGAUAGUGACUGGCGGCGAUAGAGACAGGCGGGCUGAGACUGGCCAUGAAGAGGAAUCCAACGGACAGGGAGAUGGUAGUGGAGAAGCAGAGAGGUCAAUAAUGAUAACAGAGUCAGAAGUCCUAAGCAGGCUAGGCGGACAAGUUGAAGGUGGCUCAGAAAGACUCAAAGAUCUCUUUGGUUAUGUACAACAAGGUGCUGAUAACGAAUAUGAUGGAUAUAGUCUUAUGGAAGAUGAUGAUGAUGAAGAUGAAGAAGAUGAAGAAGAUGAAGACGAUGAUGAUGACGACGGUGAAGACGACGAUGAGCUUGAACCCGGAAAUGUGGGUGUAUAA